AGCAAUGGCGGCGUAGCCCACGGCAAGUAGGUUUGGAGGUGAAGUUUUUUCGCUCAUUAAAAAACCUAAUCAAGGAAAUCAGUGGAAUGGACAAUCAGGUGGGUGGUUCGGGAGUGGGAGAGAUUUCAAUGAUAGAGUCAUCAGGCCUAGCUGAUCUGUCUGAUAUCCCAGAGUUGUUAGAAUCGGAAUCAACGAGUCUCAGUCCUCUUGCUAAUUCCCUCAAUCAUCACUUGGCGAUACAAGACGAUAAGGAUUGCACUGCUCAUGUGAACAUGGGUAUUGAAACUACCUGGGCUGCGGCAAACUGUUCGAGAUCUGAUGUUGUCAGUGUAGCGAUUCCCCUCCCUCCUCCUGAGGCGCUCGACGGUUCAAUGGUUAAUAUAGGCGCAGAACCAGCUCGUGAAAAUGCUGGUGCUGACCAUGGUCCUUUCUAUCCACCAACCUCAACCCUUAAUAAUUUAUUCUCAAAUACUACAGAUAUUCAGGAACACACAGUUAUAGAAAUUGCAACCCCCGCUGGAGUUUGUGGUCUUCGAAACCUUGGGAACACAUGUUUCAUGGCCGCUGGGCUACAAUGUCUUACCGCAACGCCUCCUGUUCUGAGUUACUUUCUGCAAAUGCAACAGGGAGAUGAGAAAUCUCCUUUACCAGGAUCCUUGAUGGACAAUUUCAGCUCAUUGCUAAGCAAAAUGUGGUCGGGGAGAUAUAGUGUUGUGAGGCCCGUUGAGUUUAAACAAACUUUAGGGGCUUACCAUUCACAAUUUAAGGAUUACAGACAGCACGAUUGUCAAGAGUUUCUUGCCCUAUUGCUCGACUCUCUCCAUGAACAAAUGAAUACCGCGAAGUCUAACAAAAGCUGCCAAAUGUCACCCUCCACUGCGAUCACUGCCAACUCUCUCAGUAUGAGUAAAAACUGUGACAAUUUAGCGUCAACUUUUGAUGCAAUCGUCACUGCCUCUAGCAAGUCUAACGAUGAUCUCAUGGAUACGUAUAGCCAAUCACCUUCAUCAGAUUGUCAGAAUAGUCCCAAUAUAACGAUGGCUGGCUCGCCAAGAGAUUUAGAUUCUCCCAUGGAUGAUUUGGACAGUGUGGCAAACUCCCCUUCCGGAUCUCUUUUGCACGACGACGAAGAGACCCUUGACUCGGAGGAAUUAUUAGACUCGAAAUUGAGUUUCAUUUACAAUAAAACACACAAUGAAGAACAUUCCAUGUAUGAAUUUGUCGGGCUCAUGGAAUUGUCGAAAAAAUCAAAUCACUAUACUAAAUUCAUUGACAUCGUAAAGGAUGCAAAAACAAGUAAUGCAAAUUUCCUGGUGACUCCCCAGGAGUGCAAUAAUGAGAUUCAUUACGAUUCCCAAAAAUUUCCCAAGGAUAAUCUUCGUCGCAUGGCAUUGGAUAAUUCAAACUUAACGGAAAAUCAUGAUUUUGACAACAAAAAUCUGAGCAUCAAGAGGAUCAAAGAAGUCAAUGUACAAAAGACUAAUAUCAAUGAUUGCUUAUCCGCGGAGUCGGAUACGGAGUGUGAAAGUGCUUCGGAAAAGUGCAAUGUUAAAAGAAUGAGACUUGAAGAUCAUCAAAAAAAUCGCAAGAGAGAUGGAUUGGGAACCAGUGGCAUUUUAUUUUUAAGGACAAUGCAAAAUUGUGACAAUGGUGCUGUUGCUGCGCAGGAUGAGGCUGAGGCUAAUGAACACUGGGCAAAACAUCUUAAAUGGAAUAAGAGUGUCAUUGUUGAUACCUUCCAAGGGCAGUUUAAAAGCACGGUGGUCUGUGCAGUCUGUAAGCAUAUAUCGGUGACGUAUGAACCCUUCAUGUAUCUCUCAGUGCCGCUUCCGCAUGCGAUGGAAAGGCAACUUACCAUCACCUAUAUUCCAGUCACCAAUGAGCCUCCGAUUCGAUGUGUUGUAUCUCUGAAUAAGCAAUCGAAAAUUGGGAAAGUUAAAGAGGAGUUACUGAAUACUCUUCAAAAAGACGAUAUUCCUACAAGUAAUCUGGCAUUAGCAGAGGUAUUGGAGAAUCACAUAUCAAAAAUCCUGGAUGAUAAUUUAUUAUUAAGAUACGUUAAAGAUAUGAGUAGAUCGAUAUACGCGUUCGAGUUGACAGCCCUGCCAGACGUUUACACAUCGACAAACGAGAGUGGCAUCGAUUAUUCAAGAGAGACUGAUCCCUGUCAAAAUGUAACAAGCGCAGAGGAUGAAAUUGGCCCAUGUACCAUUUGCCUCGAGGAAUUAGACGGAGACCUGAUGAAGCACGGUGGAAAAAGCUGUAGUUUCAUUAUGUGUGAGACGUGUAUCGAGAACUACUUCAAGACUCAAAAGGGACCACGAACAUGUCCAGUAUGUUCCGCUUAUGUGGAGCCAUCCUCCUUCAUGAAGGUUGGUCAGACAGGAAAACCGAGGCCAACUGUGAGAAUACUUAAUGUACCAGUAAUACUCCGAUACGAUACGAACAGUGAUGAAGCUCCGAAUAAUCAAAAGAGGACGGAAUUGUGUGGGUAUCCGCACUUAGUGAGACUUCCUUCCAGGGUUUACGCUAAGAGUCUUUAUGAGGUCUUCAAGAAAAUAGUCCCACAGGAGGACCAUUACACGAUUCAUUUUGUGGAUGGACAGGGUCAUCACUGUUCGCGAUGUAUGUACAAUACUCACUGUACUGGCUGUCCGGUUCCAGAAACAGGAAUGAUAUCUCUCCAAACCAGCGAUACGUUAGCAAUUCGAUAUACAGAGAAUGUUCCAAAAACACCACUACCUAGAGAUCAUGCCAGUGUCAGAAAACAACGUCCUCCACAUCCUUUAUCUCUCUAUGAUUGUUUGCAGGCAUUCACACAAAGUGAGAGACUGGAUGAACACAAUCCUUGGUUCUGCCCGAAAUGUGAGAGAAAUCAGUGUGCUACGAAAACUCUUACGGUUCACCGAUAUCCCAAGUACCUAAUAGUAUAUCUCAAGCGAUUUGUAUUCCACGAGUGUGUCAGCAUGAAGCUGGAUGACAAAGUAACUUUUCCUCUGGUUGGACUCAGUGUGGGACGACAUUUAUAUGAUCUCUAUGCUUGUGUUUGCCAUUUUGGAGCUGCAUGAUGACAGAUAAAAAAUAUGGCUGAUGAAGGCAGGGGAGAAGCGAUUUUAACACAUGAUUAAAUGAGUCUUUUUAUUUCCGAGGCAAUGAUGCCCGCGGUCGCGCGCUCUACCACGAAGUGAGCGCUGUAGCGCACAAUAACGUCCUCAUCGUCGUAGAAAUGAUCACCAUUCAUUGCCAAUCUCUUUUAUGAUAAAGGAUCUUGGGCUCAGUACAGAGCGCAUUUUUAAUCCGUUUGUUCAGUGUAUGAGUUUUCUACUACUGUGAUGUCUGUUGACAAAUCAAGCACUACUGAUACGCUUUAUAUUUAUUGAGUCAUUACAAUUCGUCAAUUUAUUCGAAAAUCAGAAACUACAGAGAGAAUGAAGCGAGAUUUGGCAUUAAGUACAAUUGAGUCAAUCAAGUCGUCAGAUGGAAAGUCUGAUAUUGGAAGUUCCAUAAGAAAUUGGUGAUCCAACACUUGAAGAGAAAAAGAUGAUAAAUAUCUAGGACUCUCCAAAGAGUCUAGAACCAGAAUCUCAAGAGAGUCCAGCACCUGAAGAGGCUGGAAUAGUCGCCUCUCGUGCAACUCUAGAAUCUGAAUCUCCAGAGAGUUCAGUACCAGAGGAGACUGGGAUUACGAAAAUUGCAGACUCUCCUGCAAGUCCUGAACCUCAAUCUACAGAAGGUCUACCACCUGAGAAGAAAGGGAUGGCGAAAAUUGUAUAUUCUCCAUCGGGUCCUGAGCCAACGUCUCCAGAACAUCCGCCAUCCGAGCAGAAGAGGAUUGGAAAAAUGGCAGACCCUUCAUCGAGUCCUGAGCCAGAGUCUCCAGAGAGUCCAGCACCUAAAGAUAAAGGAAUUACAAAAAUUUUCAACUCUCCAGCAAGUCCAGAACGAGAGAGGCUAGCGGUCAAUGCUCCAAACUCAUCAGUAGACAACUCUACGGUGGUAGAUUCUGAUGCAAUGGAGAUACAUACAGCUGACUCUCUCGAGUAUCUAGCGAUAAUGCCUGAGGCUACAUCAGAGGUUGCACCAAUGAUCCCAGUGAAUGCUGAGACUGUACCACCUAAUUCAGCGGAGGGUACAGGGCCAUUUCUUGGAGUGAGUGAAGCUGUUUAUUCACCAGUUGAUGAUUCAAAUAAUGAUGUGAAACAUGUCUAAAUUUUCGUACCUGGAGAAUGGGAAGGUGUGAUGACAAAAAGGCCUAUGGAGAAGAAUCUGAGAGAAAUCAUUAAUCGCCAUUACAAAGUUGGUGGAACUGUCGUCACCAUGGGAGAUUUUCGAGCUAAGCGGAUUUUCUGUCCUCAUGGGAAUGUUUACUUCCGUCCAAUGGGAUCUUCUGAACAUACUAAGCGAUUACCCACCAACAUUGAAAUCUACCCAGAGAUGUGAACGUUGGAGUUUACAUACCGGACGUCUCGAGUGCGAGCAAGAGACAACUGUUGAAAUUUAAAUGCCGGACGUUUAGAAUGAGAACAAGAGACAACUGUUGGAAACUCAGGCGCUUGAGAGAGAGAUAGAGAAAGAGUGCGGAUAUCUGCUGCGACUGAGCCGCGAUGUCCUACCACAGCUCUUCUUCAGUGCAUCCCACAAAAUUAGAGGAACAAUGAAACUUGAAAGCUAUGUUUUCCCAGACCCUGAUCGGAGGCAGCCAUUGGAAGAGGAUGAUGGGCAAAUGGAUGAGUAGUGGUUGGGGGAAACAGACAAGCCUGCUCAGCACAUACCCAGAUAUUAUACAGUAAUAUGUCAUCUACAGGUAUCCAUAAACUUAGUAGUUACGUUUAUGGCAGAUUUCGAAAUCAUAGCUCCACCAGUACAUGAGGGAGUUUCUCAACUUCCUGUAGCUGGUGAGCAGAGAGAAGGAGGCUCUGGAGAUGUUGUCUCACGCGCAAGACAUCACAGCAGCCGUCGUGAUGAUUCUAGAUGCCCCGAACAAGUGAAGUAAGAAUAAUUCAUUUUUCCUUUCUCUAUACUCUAUUAUUUAGAUGCAUUAUUUCUAAGUCAACAUUUAAAAAAAUGAUAUAUAUAAGUUUUUCUUAUUUGUAUUUAAAAUAACGUUUCCACCUUUUAUUGUUAUCAUUGGUAAU